UUCUUCCUGAGGUCUGAGCACCUUCUAAACUACAUCCAGAUCUGUUUUCCUUGCAGAUUGGUGAAGAUGAGCGUCCGGACUCCACCCAGACUCCUGGAGCUGGCGGGGCGGAGCCUGCUGAGGGACCAGGCCUUGACUAUGUCCACCCUGGAGGAGCUGCCCACGGAACUUUUUCCCCCCAUGUUCUUGGAGGCCUUCAGCGGGAGACGCUGUGAGGCCCUGAAGCUGAUGGUGCAGGCCUGGCCCUUCCGCCGCCUCCCUCUGAGGCCUCUGAUAAAGAUGGGUUGUCUGGAAACCUUCCAAGCUGUGCUUGAUGGACUUGAUGCACUGCUUACCCAGGGGGUUCGUCUCAGCUGUAAGAAGCUGAGAAUUUUGGGAAUGCCCUUCCACAAUAUCAGAAACAUCCUGAAAAUGGUGAACCUGGACUGUAUCCAGGAGGUGGAAGUGAAUUGCAGUUGGAUACUGCCCAUCCUGACACAGUUUACCCCAUACCUGGGCCAGAUGAGGAAUCUUCAGAAGCUCGAUCUCUCCCACGUGGACGUCUCUCACUACGUUUCCACAAAGCAGAAGGAGUUUGUUACCCAGUUCACCUCUCAGUUCCUCAAGCUGCACUACCUCCAAAAGCUUUAUAUGAACUCUGUAUCUUUCCUCGAAGGCCACCUGGACCAGCUGCUCAGCUGUCUGAAGACCCCGUUAAAGAUCCUCGCAAUAACUAACUGUGUGCUUUUGGAAUCAGACUUGAGGCAUCUGUCCCAGUGCCCGAGUGUCAGUCAACUAAAGACCCUGGACCUGAGGGGCAUCAGACUGGCCAAUUUAUGUCUUGUGCCUCUCCAAGUUCUGCUAGGAAAAGUUGCAGCCACCCUUGAGUACCUGGGCUUAGAUGACUGUGGCAUCGUAGACUCCCAAGUCAACACCAUCCUGCCUGCCCUGAGCCGCUGCUUUGAGCUCACCACCUUCAGCUUCUGUGGAAAUCCCAUCUCCAUGGCCACCCUGGAGAACCUGCUGUGCCACACAAUCAGACUCAACAACUUAUGCCUGGAGCUGUAUCCUGCCCCGCGGGACAGUUAUGAUGCUGGUGGUACUCUCUGCUGGCGCAGAUUUGCCCAACUUCGGGCUGAGCUGAUGGGGAGAGUGAGGGACUUACGGCACCCCAAGAGGAUCUUGUUCUGUACUGACUACUGUGCUGACUGUGGCAACAGGACAUUUUAUGGCCUGGAGGUAGAUCAGUGCUGCUGUUGAAUACCUGCCUAUUUGGGUGGAUAUAUCAAAUGCUUUCUUCUGGACACUUGAAAACUAAAACCUAGGUCUUACAUACAUCCUAAAGGGAGCACAGAAACCACCGUUUCAGACACUGGCUCUGAAGUGGGAAAGGAAAGGUGAUCAAGCAGUGGCCGGACUUGGGGGAAAUGUUGACAUGGAUUCAAUGGGACUUUGGGGACCUGUGUCCUAUAGAGUCAAAAAUGGGAAUGGGAAUGUCUAGAGUGGAAUUCAGGCUUGAGAAUACAUGAGGGAGUUCCCCUUCCAUGGAUGGUUGUAAAGAAACAGUCAGAAAUAAAAAGAA